CGCCUCCGAUACGUUCCCCUGCCUCAUCAGGUUCUACUUUCCAAAUUUUCAGAAGUGACAAACAUGGGUAUUUUUACGCACAUCAACACAAAGAAUAUAUUUUCUGCAACUAAUAUGUCUGGUCUUGCAUCUGGCAAAUUUGAGGAUCAACUGAAUUUUAGCAGUAAUUCUUCGAUGUCAAUAAGUAAGCUUUUUCCAGCUUUGUUACAAUGCUUUGGCAUUAUCCUUUGUGGAUAUAUAGCUGGAAGAGUUAACAUAAUUACAUCAACUCAGGCCAAAGGAUUAGGAAAUUUUGUCUCCCGCUUUGCACUCCCAGCUUUACUGUUCAAAAAUAUGGUCUUGCUGAAUUUUUCCAAUGUGAAUUGGUCCUUUCUAUACAGCAUCCUGGUUGCCAAAGCAUCAGUGUUCUUCUUAGUCUGUGCAUUAACAUUGUUGAUAGUCACUCCUGAAAAGCGAUUUAGCAAAGCUGGACUGUUUCCUAUUUUUGCUACUCAGAGCAAUGACUUUGCACUGGGAUAUCCUAUAGUUGAAGCUUUGUAUCAAACUACCUAUCCUGAGUAUCUCCAGUACAUUUACCUGGUUGCACCAAUAUCUCUUAUGAUGCUAAACCCCUUGGGGUUUAUCUUCUGUGAAAUCCAGAAAUCAAGAGACAAUCGGAAUCUCUCUCACAGCAAGAUGAAGAUUGUAGGACUGGGGCUUCUUCACGUGUUGCAGAACCCAAUUGUGUUCAUGGUCUUCAUAGGAAUUGCCUCCAAUUACAUUCUUAAACAAAAGAUUCCUGUAUAUUUGGAAAACUUCCUUGAUAGUCUUGCCAAUUCAUUUUCUGGCUCAGCACUUUUUUACCUGGGUCUCACCAUGGUCGGCCAAAUAAAGAAACUGACAAGGGGUACAUUUGUUGCACUGAUUCUUCUCAUUACAGCUAAACUGCUGUUGAUGCCCCUUCUAUGCAGGGAGAUGGUGGAAUUGUUAGACAAGAGCCACAGUUUGGUCAACCAUACCAGUUUAUCCAACUAUGCAUUUCUCUAUGGAGUCUUUCCAACAGCUCCGGGUGUGGCUAUAUUUGCAACACAGUUUAACAUGGAAGUAGAAGUUAUAACUUCUGGAAUGGUGAUCAGUACUUUUGUGUCUGCCCCCAUCAUGUAUGUUUCUGCUUGGCUAUUGACCAUUCCCUCUAUGGAUCCAGACAGACUGGCAGCAGCAAUUCAGAACGUUAGCUUUGAUAUUAGUGUUGUUAGUCUGAUCUCUUUGAUCUGGUCCCUUGGUGUUAUUCUUUUGAGUAAAAAAUACAAACAGCUUCCUCAUAUGCUUACAACUAACUUACUCAUUGCUCAGUGUGUGGCCUGUGUUGGAAUGAUAAUGUGGAAUUUCACUAUUGAGAAGAAAAGCACCUUUGUACAUAUUAUUGUGUUCAUCGUCCUGUACUGUUCCCUUUAUAGUGCUUUUUUGUGGACGGGCCUUUUAUCCCUUUCUCUUCUUCUUUUGAAACGAAGGGCAACCCUAAAGAUUCCUGUUGGAAUUAUUACUAUAGCUGGCUGGGGCAUCCCAGUACUUAUUGUUGGAAUUCUUCUAAUAGCUGGAAAACACACUGGUGAUAUUGACUCCGCAUUUUUUUAUGGUAAACAUCAGGUGAUUACUACUGCGGUAAUUGUAACAAUCAGCAUAUUGUUCUCAGGGGUGUCACUCAUGUGUAUGAACCGAUCUGGGCCAGCAGAGGCCAACUAUGAGGUCCUAAACCAGCAAUUCCCACAUCAACAAGUAGAACAAUCUGAGAGGGAAGUGAAUGAGCAUUAUAAAUCUUCCUCCAGUGUUUCUAAUUCCAAAACAGAUUCUCCCAUGGAAAGAGAGUUCUAUGCAUGUCAAAAACAAAAUGGAGAAUUAUGCUGCUCUGAAGGAGAAUCUGCAUCUAUUACUGAUGUCAGCGAGAACUGUUCUUUCUCAGUUGAGACAGCAAAUCAGGGUUUGAGUCCGUGCAGUUCUCAGAGGUGUGUACUGGCUCAGGAAGAACAGCUUCUGCAAACUGGAGACCAACAGCUGGCCAGACAUGUGCUGCUAUGCCUGCUUCUCAUUGUGGGCCUUUUUGCUAACCUAUCAAGCUGCUUAUGGUGGUUAUUUAACCAAGAGCCUGGGAGGCUUUAUGUGGAACUGCAGUUCUUUUGUGCUGUGUUUAAUUUCGGUCAGGGAUUCAUUUCUUUUGGAAUGUUUGGUUUAGACAAACAUCUAAUUAUCCUUCCAUUCAAAAGGAGGUUUGAAUUCCUUUGGGGUGCUAGAACCGUGGAACAGAGAGAAUCAUCUGUCCCUGAGGAAAUUCGGAUGACAUGCCAACAGUUCGUUAAUUACCACAAAGACGUGUGUGUGAGAAGCAUUGUCCAGGAUAGAAGGUGUGGCACAAAGACUGUGACUGGAGUCUUCUUUGGCUGUGAUCUGGUGAACUGGCUUAUGGAAGUUGGCCUUGCCUUGGACCGUGGGGAAGCUGUAGUGUACGGAGAGAGGCUGGUGAAAGGAGGCAUUAUCCAACAUAUUACCAAUGACUUUGAAUUUCGGGAUGAGCGAUUGCACUACUACUUUAUAGCUACGAGAACUGCAGCAAAGGACAGCCACAGAAAUGAAGAUGCCCUUGGAAGCUAGCCAAGACCAGACUCUCUGACUGACAUCUAACGCAUACUGUCUGAGAUCUUUUUGGUUAUAAUAUGGCUGCGUUGAUCUCUAACCCAAAGAGAAUUAUGUCUUGCAUUCUGAAUGUUGACUAAAAUGAGUUGCUUCAGGGAAUUGUUUCAAAUUGCGGAAGGUGUAUAACACACUUUGUACUCAGUUUUAUUUUUUGAAAGAACAGUCGUUUUUAAAAAAUCAUUUUCUUUCCUUGCCAGUACAGACAAUACUGUGGAUAAACCAACUCAUUGUUAUCAUGUGAUGCAUUUUUUUUUAAAAGGAAGGAUCAGCUAGUAGGUCAUUUUGGUGUAUGCAGUUCUCUUUUGUUUUAACAAUGAAGUUCUCUUAUUUAUACUUCACGGUAACUGUGAAGAUUGAUGUCUUAAAGGAUAGAACUGAGAAAUCAGCAGAUGAAUUUUGCUGUUCAUCCUGAUUCUUAUAUGAAUAAGCCAAUUUUUCUUUUUAAAGCCUACAGCCUUCUGCUUAUCAGGCUGUUUAAAUCUGAGUGAGAUUUAAGGCACCAUAAUUGUGUGCAGGACUUCUUGUUCAAGCAUAAUUUGUUUCAUAAUUUUUCCCCUUGGUUUAUUGAUAAAUUGGCUUAUGACUACCAAAAAUGGACCAAUUCAUUUCACAGAGUGCAAUCAGUUGGAGUCUGUGGAUGUCAUAUUUAUUUUGUACUUAAUACUAAAUGCCUAUUUUUAAAAAGCCAAAUAUUUAAAUUUGAAUACUAUUGAUAUGCAACUUAAAGAACUUAAAUUGACAUCUUGUUAAAUAUUGCAAUACAGAUUUGAAAAUUUUUAAGUAUUCACAGGCAUAUAUAUGUAUGUGUGUGUGUGUGUGUAAUUAUAAGUUUUCAUCUGUUACAACUAAUUGUAACAUUUUUAAAAGCAUACAUUUAUCAAAAAUUCUGGUAAUUUUUUAAAUUAUUAAACAGCAUUAUAGAAUAA